AUGACCGAACAAUAUCAACAGGUAGCGUUCACCGGAGGAGGGCAUCAACCUGUCGUUGUAAGCCUUUGGGGCCAUUCCCCACAGCAAGGCCACGCACUGACUAAGCUCGUAUGCAGCAUUGACGCUUUUAUAGAUUCGUCAGCGGCUGACCUCGUCACAUUCGCAGGCGGAACAAGACUGAGUUUGGACAAGCAGGAUGCUCUGCAACUUCCAGAGGUGUGGAUUGCAGAACGAAGAGACUUCCAGGAUGCGAAGUUUGAAUCAGAGACGCAGCCUCUUACUUUGAUCCCGAAGGCAAUCAUAGAGACGGGUGCCUUCAAUGAGAGGUUUGACGUCUUGACUUUUCAGAACAAAAAUACCGUCACUUUGAGCCGUGGGCCGAUAGGCGGAGUCGUGUGGCGGGCUAUGGGGUACUACAAGGCAGGAGUAGAAAAUGUCCUGCUGAUAGAUGUGCACAGAAGGAGGUUGUUUCUCGUUAUAGCCAACGGCUCUGUUCAACUCUUUGAGUGGAAUGACGCCAUCGAGCUCGAGCUGCUCCCUGGGUAUCGCGCAGUCAUGGCGGAUCUCUGCAAGGAGGAGACCUUGGGAAAACAGUGUGUGCAUCUAAACCUCGAGUCGAAGACAGGUUUGAAUGACAUGGAAGCGGCAGUCUUUGAGAGACAACCCGAAAAACGGGAGAGAUGCGACAAUGAUGCAGACAUAGCACGCUUGUGGGGCGCGUUGAUAAGAGCGUCCAAGGAGGAGAUACCGAGCUGGAGUGUGCAACUGCCAGCGGACGAGAAAGAGGGACUCCGGUCGUAG